UCGUUCUUUUCAACGACCCCGGAUUGAUUUUCCGCACACGGACCGCAAAACGGCUUCAGCUUUUUCUGCUUGCCCGCUCUGCCUGCCUGCUCGCCGGUUGCCAUUGAACGGGCGGGAAGUGUUUGUGGUGGUGGGUGGUUUGUUUUGGUGAUGCUUGCUCUAUCGACCUUUUUUCUCUCUGGAUUGUUUUUGUCCGCCCAUCAUCCUCUCCCCCUCCCCCCACAGCCAGCAUCUAAUAUUUACUUCUCUCUCAUUUCCCACCUAUCUACUUUCACCUGCUCCCUCGUACCAUCCCGGCCAUCUCGUGGAAUCCUCUCCGUCCCGUCCCCUCCUCACAUCACCUGCGCCUUCUAGCGCACCAUGGCCGCCGACAUAGCACAAUUAUCUCAGUUGCUCGAGGCCAGCUUGGACCCCCGCCAGAACAAGCAAGCGGAGGCUGCCAUUGCACAGGAACAGACCAAGCCGGGCUUCUCGCUCUCCCUCCUCCAGAUCGUCCAGAGCGACGCUGUUCCCCCCACCAUCCGCCUCUCGAGCGCCCUCUACUUCAAGAAUUUUGUUAAGCGCAACUGGGUCGACGAGAAUGGCACAUACCAACUACCCGAGGACGAGGUUACGGCCAUCAAGCGUGAGCUGAUUGGCUUGAUGGUGGCGGUUCCGCCCAACAUACAAGCACAGCUGGGUGAGGCUAUCAGCGCCAUCGCCGAUAGUGACUUUUGGCAACGCUGGGAAACACUCGUUGAUGACUUGAUAUCUCGCCUGACUCCGGACAAUGCUGCCGUCAAUAAUGGUGUCCUCCGCGUCGCCCACUCCAUCUUCAAACGCUGGCGCCCGCUGUUCCGAUCCGACGAUCUCUUCACUGAGAUCAACCACGUCUUGUCCAAGUUCACCAAGCCGUUCCUCACUCUACUCGAGAACACAGACCGUGUCAUCACAAGCUCGCAAAACGACCCCGUUGCUCUCAAAGCCUCCUUCACUACUCUCGAGCUGAUCAUCAAGAUUUUCUAUGACUUAUCCUGCCAGGACUUGCCCCCCGAUUUCGAAGACAACAUUGCUGCCAUCGCCACCCUUCUCCACAAAUACCUCGUAUACGAUAAUCCUGUUCUUCACACGAGCGACGACACCGAGUCGGGACCUCUGGAAUAUGUCAAGGCGGGAAUUUUCGAGGGUCUGAUGCUGUAUGUGCAAAAGUACGAGGAUGUGUUCGGCCCUCAACUUGGCCAGUUCGUCGAGUCUACAUGGAGUUUCCUCAUGUCAGUGGGUCUGGACACAAAGUACGACAUUCUGGUCAGCAAAGCUCUCCAGUUUCUCACAAGCGUGGCCACAACAUCACAUGCCGAAGCUUUCAACAACCAGCAGGUGCUAGUCCAGAUAAUAGAAAAAGUCGUUCUGCCUAACCUUACUCUCCGAGAGUCGGACGUAGAGCUUUUCGAGGACGAGCCCAUCGAAUUCAUCCGGCGGGAUUUGGAAGGGUCAGACAAUGACACCAGGCGUCGUGCUGCUACCAACUUUUUACGGACACUCAUGUCACGUUUCGAAGCCCUGGUCACAAGCACUUCCAAAACCUAUGUCGAAGCAUAUUUGCAGGACUACGCUAAGAACACCAAAGACAACUGGAAGUCCAAGGACACCGCAGUCUAUCUUUUCUCUGCCAUCGCUGCUCAAGGAACAGCAACGAGCGCUCAGGGUGUCAUCAAAGUCAACCCCAAUGUUGACGUGCUGGGCUUUUUCCAGACCAACAUCGCCUCAGACUUACAAGGCGAAGACGUUGCACCCAUCCUCAAGGUGGAUUCGAUCAAGUUCUUGUACAGCUUCCGGAAUCAACUCUCAGCAGAUUUGUGGCGCGCCGCAUUCCCACUGUUGGUCAACCACUUGGGCAACACCAACUACGUCAUCCAUACCUAUGCCGCCAUAGCAGUGGAGCGCGCCUUGUACUUGACCGAUGACAACAAGAAUCCCAUUAUUCCUAGAGAUCAGGUUGUCGGCGCCUCUAGGGAUCUGCUCACACAUCUUUUCAAACUCAUCACGAAAGAAAAUGCUCCAGAGAAAAUUCAAGAAAACGAAUUCUUGAUGAAGUGCAUCAUGCGAGUCCUGGUCUUCAUUCGCGAGGGCGUCCUCCCCCUUAGCGAGAUGCUCCUCAAUAAUUUUGUCGGCAUUCUCAAGGUGAUUCGACACAACCCUAGCAACCCGAGGUUCCAAUACUACCUGUUCGAGAGCAUCGGCGCCCUCAUCCGGUUUGCUGCCCCCAAGCAAAGUUCCGCAUUCGAAUCAACACUGUACGAGCCGUUUUCACUCAUCUUGCGGGAGAAUGUUGAGGAGUUCGUGCCGUACGUCUUUCAGCUUUUUGCUGCACUGCUCGAGGCAAAUCCGUCGGGAGGACUGCCAGACUACUACCGCAGUUUGUUCGAUGCCAUCAUCCUACCGACUGUUUGGGAAUCAAGAGGAAAUGUCCCAGCGCUGGUCCGAUUGAUCUCGGCUAUGAUUCCUCGCGAUGCGCAAAAUAUCAUCGCGAAGAAUCAGAUCGAGCCCAUCCUUGGCAUCUUUCAAAAACUGGUCUCUUCGAAGGUCAACGAAAGCUACUCUUUCGAACUGAUUGAAUGCGUCAUCUCCAGCUUCCCCGUCGAAGCACUGCAGCCGUAUUUCGUGACCAUUGUCCAGCUGAUGCUUACCCGAUUAUCUAACAUGAAGACGGAAAAUUUCCAACAACGCUUCAUUGCAUUCUAUCAUUUCAUCUCGGCGAGGCAAGAGAAAGGUCUCGGUGCAGAUUUCUUCCUCGCCGUUACUGAUCAAGUUCAGCACGAUGUUUUCAAGGCUCUGUAUUUGACAAUAAUACUUCCCGAAACCCAGAAGCUAUCCAAGACGACGGAUCGCAAGACAGCAGUGGUCUCCUUCACCAAAACUUUGACCGAUUCCCAAGCCUUUGUCGAUCGAUAUCCCAAAGGUUGGACAUUCACCACUCAGCGCCUUAUCGAACUACUCGUGAACCCACCUGUACCCGCAGCGGCCGAUGAUGUUAUUGCCGACCAGGAUGUUGAUGAGGUUGGCUUUGGUGUGGGCUUUACGCAACUUAACACGUGCAAGCGGCCGCCCAAGGAUCCUUUCCCAGAAAUCACCGACGUCAAGGCGUGGGUGGGACAAUAUCUGAAGGAGGGCAACACUCGGCAUGGUGGUCGGAUCGUCAAGCUCGUGCAGGAGAGGUUGGACGUGCAGACAAAAGGGGUGUUGGCGCAGUACUUGGAGUAA